AAUCAAUUCUGAAUUCAGUAAUGGAGUUCUUAGAGCGAGUAUUGAUUUUAUCCAUACUGUUGAUGCUGGUUUUAGCGAAUGGGUGUUAUGGGUGUUGGAAGCAAGAGAGGAUCGCUCUUUUGCAGCUCAAAGCUUCUAUCAACCAUCCAAAUGGCUUUUCCUUGCCAUCAUGGGAGGGUGAAGGAAGCACUGAUGAUUGCUGUGAAUGGGAAGGUGUUGAGUGCAAUACCACCACACUUCGCGUCAUCAAACUUUCACUUAAUUCUAUAAGAGAAUACGAGUUAGGAGAUUGGUAUUUAAACACCUCAAUGUUUCUUUCCUUUGAAUCGCUCAUAAACCUAGACUUGGCUUACAAUUAUAUACAAGGAUGUAUCGAGAACGAAGGUUUUGAAAAACUAUCAAGGUUGAGCAAUUUACAGAUCCUUGAUCUAACGGGCAAUUAUUUUAAUAAUAGCAUCCUAACGUCUCUAAAUGGAAUUUCAUCACUCAAGACUCUAAAUCUAAGUGAAAACAGAUUGAAUGGGACGAUUUAUAUGCAAGAUUUGGAUGGUUUGAUCAACUUGAAAGAGUUGAAUAUGGCUUGGAACGAGAUCGAUAAUAUCAUAUCCAAUCAAGGUUUUAUGAGUGCUCCAAAAUUGAACAAUCUGGAGAUCCUUGAUUUGCGUGAUAAUGCAUUCAACAAUAACAUUUGGUCGUUUCUGCGAGGACUUUCAUCACUCAAGACUCUAUAUAUAGGAUACAACAUAUUAAAUGGAACAAUUCACAUUGGAGACUUGCAAAACCUUAGGAGUGUGGAAAACUUGUUCUUGGAUUAUGCUACUCUCAAUAAUGAUUUCAUUUGGAGCAUUCAAGUGAUAACUUCUCUUAAACCAUUGCCACUACUAUAUUGUCGCACCUUACCUACUCAAGGUUUUAAGAAUGGUAAUGCAUUCAAUAUUAACAUUUGGUCGUUUUUGGGGGGACUUACAUCACUCAAGACUCAAUAUUUAGGAGGGAACAUAUUAAAUGGAACAAUUCACAUUGGAGACUUGCAAUACCUUAGGAGUGUGGAAAACUUGUUCUUGAAUUAUGUUACUCUCAAUAAUGAUUUCCUUUCAAGCAUUCAAGUGAUGACUUCUCUUAAACAGUUGUCACUACAACAUUGUGGACUUACUGGCACCUUACCUGCUCCGGGGCUUUGUGAAUUGAGGACUCUUCAACAUCUUGAUCUCUCCGGUAACAAACUGGAAGGUAACUUGCCCGGGUGCUUGGGAAAGUUGUCAUCCCUUCGUUUUUUGGAUCUGUCUUCCAAUCAAUUCACUGGAAAUAUUUCUCCACUUAUUCAAAUGACAUCCCUUCGUUUUUUGGAUCUGUCUUCCAAUCAAUUCACUGGAAAUAUUUCUCCACUUGUUCAAAUGACAUCUCUUGAACACCUUGUCCUUUCAAACAACCGCUUCCAAAUCCCAAUCACGUUUCGAUCAUUCUUCAACCACUCAAAACUCAAGCUCAUUGAAUGCCAAGAAAACGAAUUGGUGUCAGAAUUGAAUUUUCAGACUCUGGCGCCGAGUUUCCAACUAACUGUUAUUCGUUUAUCUCACAGUGCAUCUAGCAAUAUCAGUAGCACUACAGACUUUCCCAACUUCCUCUACUACCAAAAGGACCUUCAAAUAGUUGAGCUUUCUCAAAUUAACUUUGAUGGGAAGUUUCCAAAUUGGUUGUUGGAGAACAAUACAGGAUUAUUAGGACUUUUUCUACCAAAUAAUUCAUUCAGUGGAUAUCUUCAGUUGCCUUUCCAUCCCAUAACACAACUUGUAGCACUAGAUAUCUCUGACAAUAACUUCCAGGGCCAUAUUCCGAGAAACAUUGUUACAGCUUUUCCAGGUUUAAUGUCAUUAACCAUGUCCGGAAAUAGAUUUGGUGGUACCAUUCCCUCUUCAUUAGGUGAUAUGUCUACUCUAAAGAUUCUUGACUUGACCAAUAAUCAACUAACUGGUGGAAUACCGGGGCACUUGGCCAUGGGUUGCGUCCGCUUGGAAUUUUUGAAACUGUCACGUAACAAAUUGCAAGGCCCAAUUUUGCCAACAAAAAAUAACAUGACUAAGUUGGCAUGUUUAUUCCUAGACCACAAUCUCUUCACGGAGAUCUCGGAUAGCUUGUCCAACUCUUCUUAUUUGUGGAUGCUAAAUAUAAGUCAGAAUCAUUUGUCAGGGAAACUACCUGGGUGGAUGGGAAAUAUGUCAUACCUGAAUGGGAUUGAAAUGUCCAAUAAUUAUCUGGAAGGUCCAAUUCCAACUGAAUUUUGUAGACUAGAUAAUCUUUUUGUUUUUGACCUCUCCGACAACAAAAUAACAGGGACCAUACCAUCUUGCUUCAACCCCCCGCAUAUUAAGUAUGUUCAUCUGUUUAAAAAUAGGCUGCAAGGACCAUUGUCAAGUGCAUUUUACAAUAGCAGCUCAUUAGUGGUCUUAGAUCUUUCCCUUAACAACUUAACUAGUCUUAUUCCAAAUUGGAUUGGUACCCUUUCUAGACUGACCAUUCUUGUCUUGCACAACAAUCAUUUCGAAGGUGAGAUCCCACUCAGUUUAUGCCACUUGUCCCAAUUAAGCCUGAUUGAUCUUUCUUAUAAUGACUUUUCUGGCCACAUUCCUCCUUGCUUGAAUAACAUCACUUUUGAGGGAAAACUGGGAAAAAGUUCCCUGCCAUUCAUCUGUGGAUUUGAUAUAUUUGCAGAGAGGCACACUACUUAUGGGGACAAAUUCGGUAGACAAACACAAGUAAAAUUCACGAGUAAAGGAACGUCACUCUCUUACAAGGGAAUCAAUCUUGAUCUAUUCUCAGCUAUUGAUCUCUCCUGCAACAGAUUGACAGGCCACAUUCCGAAUGAAAUUGGAAACAUAGGCCAAAUCAGAGCGUUGAACUUGUCUCACAAUGGCCUAAGUGGGACGAUACCAACAACGUUUUCAAACCUAUCCAAUGUAGAGAGCUUAGAUCUCUCCUUCAACAACUUGAGUGGGAAACUCCCUUCACAGCUUAAUGAGUUGUAUUCUCUGGCCAAGUUCAAUGUGUCAUAUAAUAACCUGUCCGACAGCAUACCACAAAGUAAAAGAUAUGUUCAAUUUGAUACAUUUGAUAAUAGUAGCUACAUUGGUAAUCCACUUCUUUGUGGGCCACCACUUUCAAGACCAUGCACUGCCAUUGAGCCACCUCCAACAACCCCAACGGUCAUGAAUAGCAAUGACGUGGAUGAUGGCUUCAUGGACAUGGAAUCGUUUUAUGUGACCUUUACGGUGUCCUACAUAACUAUGUUAUUAGGGAUUGCAGCUGUUUUCUACAUCAACCCUUACUGGAGGCGAGUCUGGAUUCAUUUGGUUGAGGUGUGCGUUGCCUCUUGCUACUACUUUGUUGUGGACUAUUUUCGAAAGAUAUUUUGGCCGAGAAAUAUUUAGACGUGUGUUUGAUGGUGGUUAGAUAUUGUAACCCUUUCCAUUUCUUUUCCUUGUGUUACUUUGGAGUUCAAAUUAAAUAAAUCUUGUCAUUAUUAUCAAUUA